CGUGCGGCAGCGCUUCAGCUGAGGAGGAGGAGGAGGAGGAGGACUGCUGUGUUAUUGACGGGUUAACUGCUCUAGUAUCGUCUUUACGCCUCAUCACGCGGACGGUCAUUGCACCUGGGAGAACCUACAGACUGUCUGCUGCUCGUUUUAAUCACCUUUAACACGUUUUUUGUCCGCGGACACCGGGGCGGACCGACUGACCGACUGACGGACGGACGGGAUCGCACCUGCCACACCGGAGCAUGCACAACAAAGACUGAUCCAGCAGCAGCAGCACACCGAGCCAGGCUGCCGUGCCAAACCUGCGAGAGAGUCAUUUAUUUAACACGCCUGGAAGCUGGUGCUGCAAAGGAGGAGACGCUUGGUGUCGGGAGCUCCACACCGCGGGCCGAGCUGCAACGGCGGGUUUAAUUAUAGCAACACUUGCACGCGCGUCCUUACUUUAUCGCUCGGACAUCCAGUGGUAGGCGAUAAUCUGAAGGGUCGAAGGGGGGGGGGGAGAAAAAAAAGAGGAGGAGAUCAGGGCCUUCAUCGGCGUUUUUUUUUAAAAAGAAAUAUUUUAAUCAUCGAGCAGUUUUGAUGGUCGCCAUCAGCAGUCCCGUGUGUUCAAUGUUCCCUUAAAACACCACGGGAGAAUAAUGUGGGUCAGUCCCGAAGAUGUGUUGCUGGCGGGCGCAUUAUGGAUCACCGAGAGAGCGAAUCCAUAUUUCAUCCUCCAGAAACGGAAAGGCCACGGAGAAGGAGGCGGAGGACUGGCGGGUUUGCUGGUUGGGACCCUGGACGUCGUCUUGGACUCCAGUGCUCGAGUGGCCCCGUAUCGGAUCCUGUACCAGACUCCAGACUCGUUAGCAUACUGGACCAUUGCUCAUGGAACCUCCCGCAAAGAGAUCACAGAGCACUGGGAGUGGCUGGAACACAACCUGCUGCAGACUCUCUCCAUCUUUGAGAACGAGAACGACAUCACCACCUUUGUCAAAGGAAAGGUCCAGGGGAUCAUCGCAGAGUACAACAAGAACCACGACGUCAAAGAGGACGACGACACAGACAAGUUCAAGGAGGCCAGCGCCAAGUUUCGAAAGCUGUUCGGGAUGCCGGACGAGGAGAAGCUGGUCAACUAUUACUCCUGCAGCUACUGGAAGGGCAAGGUGCCUCGACAGGGGUGGCUCUACCUCAGCAUCAACCACCUCUGCUUCUACUCCUACUUACUAGGAAAAGAAGCCAAACUGGUGGUGCGUUGGGCCGAUAUCACCCAGCUGGAGAAGAGCGCCACCCUCCUGUUGCCAGACGCGAUCAAGGUGAGCACCCGCAUCAACGAGCACGUCUUCUCCGUCUUCCUCAACAUCAACGAGACCUUCAAGCUGGCGGAGCAGCUGGCCAACAUCGCCAUGCGUCAGCUCCUCGACAACAAAGGCUUCGAACAGGACCGCUCGCUGCCCAAGCUCAAGAAGAAAUCGCCCAAGAAGGUGUCGGCGCUCAAGAGGGAUUUGGAUGCCAGAGCUAAGAGCGAGCGUUACCGGGCGCUCUUCCGUCUCCCCAAAGAUGAGAAACUGGACGGACACACAGACUGCACCCUGUGGACGCCCUUCAACAAGAUGCACAUCCUGGGACAGAUGUUUGUUUCCACCAACUACAUCUGCUUCACCAGCAAGGAAGAGACGCUGUGCAGCCUCAUCAUCCCACUACGAGAGGUGACAAUUGUUGAGAAGGCGGACAGCUCCAACGUGCUGCCCAGCCCGCUCUCCAUCAGCACCAAGAAUCGUAUGACCUUCCUGUUUGCUAACCUGAAGGACCGAGACUUCCUGGUCCAGAGGAUUUCUGACUUCCUGCAGCAGACCACCUCCAAGAUCUACCUGGAGAGGGAGCUGACCGGCAGCCUGAACAGCUCAGACGAUGAGGUUUACUCCCAGCACGGAUCUCUGCUCUCCAGCAGCCCUCAGCCCUCUUUGGGCUCAGAAAGCGAGCGCACGUUUAACCUGAACGACAGCAGCGUGCCGACCGCCACACAGGCCCUCAUGACCAUGUACCGCCGCCGAUCACCUGAGGAGUUCAAUCCCAAACUGGCGAAGGAGUUCCUGAAGGAGCAAGCGUGGAAGAACCACUUUACAGAGUUUGGUCAGGGGGUGUGUAUGUACCGCACUGAGAAGACGAAGGAGCUGGUCCUCAAAGGGAUUCCUGAGAGCAUGAGAGGAGAGCUCUGGCUGCUAUUUUCUGGGGCAAUCAAUGAGAUGGCCACCCACCCGGGAUACUACGAGGACCUGGUUGAGAAGUCUAUGGGCAAAUACAACCUGGCAACAGAGGAGAUCGAGAGGGACCUGCACCGCUCUCUCCCCGAGCACCCGGCCUUCCAGAAUGAGAUGGGCAUCGCCGCACUCCGCAGGGUCCUCACAGCCUACGCGUUCAGAAACCCAAACAUUGGAUACUGUCAGGCGAUGAAUAUUGUUACAUCUGUGUUGCUGCUCUACGCCAAAGAAGAGGAGGCGUUCUGGCUGCUAGUGGCGCUCUGCGAGAGGAUGCUGCCCGACUACUACAACACCAGGGUUGUAGGGGCUUUAGUGGAUCAGGGGGUGUUCGAGGAGCUGGCCCGCGAGUACGUCCCUCAGCUGUACGACUGCAUGCAGGACCUCGGGGUCAUCUCCACCAUCUCGCUGUCCUGGUUCCUCACCCUCUUCCUGUCCGUCAUGCCGUUCGAGAGCGCGGUGGUGGUGGUGGACUGCUUCUUCUACGACGGCAUCAAGGUCAUCUUUCAGCUGGCUCUCUCCGUGCUGCACGCCAACAUCCACCAGUUACUGGGCUGCAAGGAUGAUGGCGAGGCCAUGACCGUGCUGGGCAGAUACUUGGACAGCGUGACCAAUAAGGACAGCCCACUCCCUCCCAUCCCCCACCUGCACUCCUUACUUACUGACAAUGGAGAACCACAUCCAGAGGUCGACAUCUUUAAACUGGUCCGCAGCUCCUAUGAGAAAUUUGGUUCGAUCCGUGCCGACGUGAUUGAACAGAUGCGUUUCAAACAGAGACUGCGGGUCAUCCAAACCAUUGAAGACACAACGAAACGCAACGUGGUGAGGACAAUUGUGACAGAGACUGCCUUCAGUAUUGACGAGUUGGAGGAGCUGUAUGUGCUCUUCAAGGCGGAGCACCUGACCAGCUGUUACUGGGGCGGCAGCAGCAACCCUACAGAGCGCCACGACCCCAGCCUGCCCUACCUGGAGCAGUACCGCAUCGACGUGGAGCAGUUCAAAGGCCUGUUCAACCUGCUGUUCCCCUGGGCCAACGGCGCCCACUCAGACCCCCUGGCUCUGCGCUUCUUCCGUCUCCUGGACCAAAACGGAGACACCCUCAUCAAUUUUCGGGAGUUCAUCAGCGGCCUGGGUGUUCUGUGUCACGGGGACCUCACCGAGAAGCUGAAGCUCCUCUACAAGAUGCACGUCAUACCCGAAAUCAGCCACGAACAGGAAGAGCCGGACUCUGCUUUUGAGGCCACCCAGUACUUCUUUGAAGACAUCACGCCAGAAACGUCUAUCGGUCACGACUCAAAGUGCAGAAGCGAGAAGGAUGACGGCUUCGUCCGAGUUACCUUUAAGACUGAAAAAGUGAAGAAACUGAACACUCCUGAAUACCGCCAUUACCUGAAACUGUGGAACGAGGAGACCAAACCUAAGAGAGAAAACACAAAAGACCUCCCAAAGCUCAAUCAGAGCCAGUUCAUCGAGCUUUGCAAGACGCUGUACAGCAUGUUCAGUGAGGAUGUUGCAGAACAGGAGCUCUAUCACGCCACGGCGACAGUCACCAGUCUGCUGCUGGAAAUGGGAGAAGUGGGAAAGCUCUUCUCCUCCUCUGGCAGAAAGGAGCUCAUCACAGAGGGCAAGCCAGAGCCGAGCAUGUGUCGGAGAGAUGCUGCUGAACCUAAAACCUCUCAGGAGGCCGUGUCCGGCGGCGUGUUCCAGCAGCAGGACCCAGGCGACGCUUUUGUCCCCGCAGAUUUGGAGAACAAGCCGAGCCAAGACGAGGGGAGCGAGCAGCUGCCGCCUAUGCAAGACAUCAAGCUGGAGGACUCGUCUCCCAAAGACAUGGGCACAUCGUCCGCCAUGCUCAUCUCGGACGACGAAACCAAAGAUGACACCUCGAUGUCAUCUUACUCGGUGCUCAGCGCAGGCUCCCACGAGCUGGAUGAAAAGCUGCAGUGCGAGGACAUCGCGGACGACACAGUGCUGGUGCGCAGCGACAGCGUCUCCAACGGGGAGAGAGGUAACCGGCCUCGCGGCUGCGGACCCCACGACAGGGGGCUGCCUCACAGCACCAGCAUCGAUAAAGACUGGGCCAUCACGUUUGAGCAGUUCCUGGCCUCGGUGCUCACCGAGCAGGCUCUGGUGCACUAUUUUGAGAAACCGGUGGAGGUGGCAGCUCGAAUAACCAACGCCAAGAAUGUGCGCAAGGUCGGGCGCCCUCGGCUGUCAACAAGUGACUAUGAGAUCUCGCUAUCCGGCUGAGGCCUUUUUAACAGAGACCUCACAUAAGACUUUCGCUGUUUUAAAAGGGAAACAGGAUUAUCCAGUCAUUGGUGUAAAAAAUGUCUGAGUUUUAGAGGACAAUGAAGGUUCAAUGUAAAAUGUGAGUGUAUGAUAGUGGAAUGAAUGUGACCAAAAACUGCUCUGUGAUGUAUUUUACCAGAUGUGAAAGACUUUUAUUAUAACAAUCACUAGAUUCUGUCCAACCGAGAGGGAAGAGGACAUCAAUACCAAGGUUUGCCCCGAUGAAAUGAGUGUGAACAUGUAGUAGCUGUACUUUAUAAGACAUUAUGCAUAGGUGUUAAUAUUGUAAUCUCUAGCUCUUCUUAGGCUAUGUAGAUGUAAAUGUCCACAGACACAGUACAGACCUAACCUGGGAUAUUGAUAGUCUACGUGCGAUCACCUAACUUUAUCAAACUAUUGCUUCUGUACUUUACGACUCCAUAUGUUGUUGAUCACUUUUCAGUCCGUCGUCGAGCGAUAGUACGGACACGUACAAAACAAAAGCUGUGAGAAUUCAACGAGAAACUGAAUUUUCAUAUGUAACUGUGUAAACUCUACUUCAGCUAAAGCAGAAACUGUUUUCUUUUUCCACACACACACACACAUAUACCUAUGACUUCCUGGACAUUCACUCCACAGCCUGAUGUUUCCAAUAACAACUCCAGUGCGCUUUCUCUAGUAACUAGUAAUCAAUACAAAACAACUUAGACAAUAACAGAAAAAAUGACACAAACACAUUUUUCACUCGGAAAGAAAACGACUCACAGGUGAUUCUUUAGGAAGCUGUGUGUGCUACGAUGUGAUGAUUACACUAAAAGAUGCUGUUGAAUGAAAAGCCUGCACUUUAUGUUUACAACAUAAUGUGAUCCACUAAUAUGUAUUAGCUUGCCAUUUGCCUCUCGACUGUUGUCUGCACUCCCAACUCAAACUUUGCCUUUUUUUUUGGGCUCUGUACAUUUUCACAUUGCUGCUUUCAACUUUGUUUUUAUGUGAAUAUUGUUUUUUUUUUAUUAUUAUUAUUUUAAAUGUCCAGGAGUUACUCCUCUGGAUUCUGAUGCAUUGUGUAUCACUCCAUCUAAUUAAAGUUACAGUAUGAUUGAUUCGAUACUGCACAGUA